AAUUCAAACGCAGAGUCACAGCAGCUAGCUGUACAUGUUCCAAGCACCCGAUCGGAUAGGAAAAAUGGUAGACCCAAAUCCCCCUCUCCUGCACCAUUACGGCGCCCUUCUCCACCAUCACCAAAAACAAGAUGAGCUCAAGCUGCUCAAGCAUCACCAAAGCCACGAGGAAAAUUAUUGCCAGAAGCAGCGGGAGCUCCCACUCGUAGAUCUCGGCCCUCUUAUCAGCAGAAACCAUCUGCGGGCGGAGGAAGGAGACGAUGACGAUGACGACGACAAGAGGGUUGCUGAUUGCGCCGCGGAAAUCACGAGAGCGGCGUCAGAGUGGGGUUUUUUCCAGGUAGUGAACCAUGGGAUCAGCCCUGAGCUUCUGCAGAGGAUGACGAGAGAGCAAGUGAAGCUGUUUCAGACACCCUUCGAGAGGAAACUGGCCACCGCCUGCAGCACUCAGCAUGGCCUUGGCCGCCUUCUCAAUGGUUCAUACAGGUGGGGUUCGCCCGCUGCCACUUCUCCCCACCAGUUCUCCUGGUCCGAAUCUUUCCAAGUUCCCAUCGCUAAGAUCCGUUCUCAGGAUGUUCUUCCUGGGGACUUUAGCUCUCUGAGGGAAGUGAUGGAGGAACUAGGAGGAGCAAUGUCAAAAGUAGCAGGGAGGGUGGCAGGAGUGCUGGCAGAGAGCAUGGGACAGGGGAAUAAGGAAGCGCUGGAAAAAAUAUGGGACGCGAGCACAUGCAGUCUUCGGCUGAACCGGUACCCCCCCUGCGCCCUCUCCCCAGAGGUAUUCGGGCUGAUUCCUCACACCGACAGCGACUUCCUCACCAUUCUUUAUCAAGACCAUCACGUUGGAGGACUCCAUCUCAGGAAGGAUUCCCACUGGAUCGCCGUCAAACCCACCCCACAUGCCCUCGUCGUCAACAUCGGCGACCUUUUCCAAGCUUGGAGCAAUGAUGUGUUCAAGAGUGUGGAGCACAAGGUGACGGUGAAUGAGAAAGUGGAUAGGUACUCUGUGGCUUUCUUCCUCAGCCCUUCUCCCGACUCUCUGAUUGGGAGCUGCCGAGAACCUUCUCUCUACAGGAAAUUCACUUUUGGAGAAUACAGGAACCAAGUCCAAGAAGAUGUCACCAAAACUGGCAAUAAAAUAGGCCUUCACAGAUUUCGCCUUUAAGAAUUAACGUCUUAAGAUACUUAAUAUACUAUUCAUCUAGACCUAUGUACCAGAUCUGAUCAGACAUAUCGGUUUGACCGCCCAUCAAAUCAAAUCACUGCAUUUUAAUUAAAUAAACAGUUAUUCCCAUAUGUAUUUAAAUUUGUGCAGCAUAUGACAUGUGAAGCAUUUUGUGCCUUCUGUCCCUGGAUUGUGUGUUCGGGUAAUUAUAUAGACUAUGGCUUUUACUUUUCUACUGUUUUUUAGAUUUAUUUAAUUUUCUUAUUAACAGUGGCGCAUGUGCAUGCAAUAGUUAUAGCAUAUGUUUUCUACAAUAGAAUAUUGAUAAAUUAAAUAUU